AUGGCUGUUAAAAUUCACAAGCCACGUGCCAGGCCUGUUCUCCUGCUAAACUGUUACCUCCCUGCCUCUAAUGCUGCCAAAGCUGCGGACACUGCUGCCGCUGCAUUUGAGUGGGCUGCAUCCAUUGGUGAGCAGUGGGGCAUGAUUGGCGAUUUCAAUUUGACCAAGGAACAUUGGCCUAUGGGAGCAGCUCUGGCCACUGGGCUCUUGUUCGAUAUGGAUGAUGUAGCGGGGCCCCAUGCUUUGCAAGGUACCCAUCGAAACCAUGCCGGUGAACUCACUGGCCGUGUCAUUGAUUUCAUGCUUGCGACCAACGAGUUUUUUCCUGUUUCUCGUGUUCAACAUCAAAGUGUGGCUGACCAUGAUUUGAUUUUAUACGACUUUCCUUGGAAAGACGAUGUCACUCAAUUUUCCUGGCCUGCCCGUCCAAGCCUCCGCCUUGAAAAGGUCAGUUCUGAGCAGUGGGCUAAUGUGUGGAAUGCAUUCAGCUCAUCGUUUGACACAGCUCUCGAAGCUAGAGACUCAGAUGCUGCAUGGCAAGCACUGAGCUCGGCAGCCGAAACUGCUUUGGGGGGAACCCCCGAGGCGCCAAAUUUGCAAUCGCUUCUGGAGCGACAACUUCGGCGCUUGGCGCGGAAGGCCCAGCAGAGCCUGCUCCAGCCAAACGAUGUGAAACUCAAAAGAAACUUUUUCUUUUUCAUUGAUUUUCUUAGUGACCAAGUUCCGCUUUUAACGCAGUGCCAGUGGAAUUCCGAAGCCACUGUGCGGUUUCUUUUUGACCUGGCUGACCAAGAGGCCAAAGCGGCCGCGCGUCAGCGCAUCCACGACUGGAAAGACCAAAUCAGUGACGAUGUGCCACGCCUUGCUAGGUGGAUCAAAGCCCGAUCCGAACUGGAUGACAGUGGGAGUUGGUGUUCUGACAGUCCACACCCUCAACUUCAAGCGGAAAAGUGUGCCAGGUCUUGGUUUAAUUUGUGGAAUCCGGAGACUUUGCCUGUGGAUCAAGCGCUUGAUCAAUUCUUGGAAUUUACUCCUGCUUGCCCGAAUCCCUGGCCUUUGCCGUGGAUGGGUCCUUGGCAAAGAUUUCACAAAGGUACGCUUAAGGGUUGGGCCAGGGCCAUCGAAACUGCCAUUUGGGGGUAUGGCACACCUCCUGGUCGCUCCGGUUAUUUGUUCUGGACCGCCAUCGCUGGACUUCGCUGUCAUCUUGAAUGUGCUCUCUCCACUGAAGCCAUCAUGUAUGAAUGGAGACGCCAGGUGAAUCUUUUUCUUGGGAAAUGUACAGUGACGCGCGCCUCGCCGCGAGCGAUUGACACUUUCAAUUUACUCAAUUGGAAAAAUUUGCAGAAUGAUGUUUGGCAAACUCCUUUUGGCCAAAUUCGUGUUGGUUGGAUUUCAGACUCUGAUUUGGCCAAGCUUGUGCGACUUUCCUGGACCAGAGUCCUCUUCCAGUCUGACACUAAAACACAGGAACACUUGCCAGACCACCUCAAUCCAUACUUUGGUUUUCAUAAUGCUAUGAUCAAAGAAUGUGGUGAGCGAUAUAAAAUGACUGUUCUCAUGGCCGCCGCCUCUGAUGGACGCAUUUUGGAAAGAAUGGGUGCGCCUGAAGUGUGCGCUUGUGGCAUCAAUUCUCCCGACCGCGAGCAUCUCACCUUUCACUGCAAUGCUGAUACCGCUGAGAAGCCUGUACUUAAGACUCACAAUGAAACUCGGCUGUUGCAGCCGUUAGUCCCUUUGCCAAACACUCCAAUCAUUUCCGCAUUAACUGCUAAUGUUGAGUUGGUUCAGUGCUUACGACAGUUGUACGCUGUCGACCAUUCUCCUGUCGUCUUGGCCUUGGAUGGCAGCUGUUUGGUCAACCCUGGCAAUGAUUUAUACCAAUGGGCAUCCUGGGGGAUUGUCACCUCCACGAAGCUUUCAUUCAACGGACUUUUGACUGGCUGUGUUCACACCCCGGCUGCUGCCGAGCGUGAAGCUCUGGUGCAAGCCAUGCUGGCUGCACAUUCUGCAGCUGUGCCUGUGCGUUUGCUCAUCGACAAUGAGGCAAUUGUCAAGCGCCUCCUCCGAGGAUUGCGUUUUGGCAACUGGAACGGCGAUGCUGCCGGUUUCUGGUCCUAUAUCGCCAUGCUUGCCACUCAUGGUGUGGAAGUGAUGUGGGUACCUUCCCAUGACAAAAAGCCCUUGUGGACACCUGUGCUUGACUGGAACCUUUCCGCUCAAGAGUGCAGAACGUUGAACGAGUUGGCUGACCUUGCGGCCAGCGUCAUGGGCGUCGCGGACCCAGGGCCCGUGGAAGUGGUCUAUCCCUUGAUCCUGAAGUCCAUGAUUGCGACCUUCCACUCACCAGGCCAUAGCAGCCGUGCUGAAACGGUACAUUUUGGCAUAGGCGUCCUUCUGACAUCUUUGUGCCUCAGCGACCUUGGCAAGUUGAACAUCGUCAAUGGAGCAGUGUCCACAGGUGUUUUCGUUGCGGUGGUGCCCUUCAUGGUGGGGUUGCACUUGUUGGAACGUGUCCAGCAGUCCAUUGCCCUUCGUUUGGGCCUCUUUCUGCUGCUGAUCUUUGGCGUCCUCGGCAGCUUGUUCGCCUUGCUGCUGGAUGACAACUACGAGCGGGAACUCUCAGCGGCCUGCUUCUGGAAGAAGAACUUCUGA